AUGACAAUGUGCAUCCCCUUUGAUUUCCCCCCCAUCAAAAAUGUAGUACACGAAAAUUUAUCCCCAUUGCGAACAUCCGUAAUAGGCAACUGCUGUUGUCGUUUCCGCAUUCGGCAGGCGCGUUUCCAGAUUCGGCAAGAACUGAGCCCCCCCAUAAUCUUCCUCCUGCACAUCCUCCAUUUUCUGUCGAGUGUACAAUUGAGUUCCUUCCAUGGCUGGGUUGCCUUUCUUCUCUAUGGCGAUGUUUCUUCUUUCUCUUCAUUGUGGAGUUUACAUUUUCAUAUCCUUAGUGGUUCAAUCAUCAUAAGCAACCAACUACAAGAAACAAUGCAUAGAACAUACUCCUUAAGAUCAAACAGAGCUCCUACUGCUUCUGAUUUACAAAAUCCAAUUCCGGUUCCGCCAUCUUCCACGAAAUCUCCAAGAUUCUUUGGGCCAGGUGGUCUUGCAAAUUCUUUCAGGAGAAGCACUGCUGGAUCCUUUGGUCCAGAGCUUUCCAGAAAAUUGGCGCAGUUGGUCAAGAUGGAGAAGAAUGUUAUGAGAGCCAUCGAGGUUUGUUCUAGAGAAAGAAGAGAUGCAGCAAGACAAUUAUCACUUUGGGGUGCAGAUAAUGAAGAUGAUGUCUCUGAUAUCACCGAUAAAUUAGGUGUCCUCAUCUACGAGAUUGGAGAAUUAGAGGACCAAUUUAUUGACAGGUAUGACCAAUACAGAAUCACCAUCAAGUCCAUUAGAGACAUUGAAGGUUCUGUCCAACCUUCAAGAGAUAGAAAGCAUAAGAUUACCGAUCAAAUUGCUUACUUGAAAUACAAGGACCCACAAUCCCCAAAGAUUUCUAUCCUUGAACAAGAAUUAGUUAGAGCUGAAGCAGAAUCUUUAGUUGCUGAAGCACAAUUAUCCAACAUUACAAGAGAAAAAUUGAAGGCUUCAUUCUCUUACCAAUUCGAUUCUAUUAGAGAAUAUGCUGAAAAAGUUGCUCUUAUUGCAGGUUAUGGUAAGGCCCUUCUUGAACUAUUAGAUGACUCUCCAGUUACUCCAGGUGAAACUAGACCUUCCUAUGAUGGUUAUGAAGCUUCUAAGCAGAUCAUCAUUGACUGUGAAAAUGCUUUGGCUACUUGGACUUUUGAAACAGCAGCUGUUAAACCAACACUUUCUUUUAAAGUCGGUGACUAUGAAGAUGAAUUGGCUGAUGAUGUCGACAACUUGCAUGUUGAAGAUGAAGAAUGGAAUGAAGAACACCAGCAAGCUGUUGGCGCUUAA